AAUAAAUUUUCAAUUAUUUUUGGCAAAAUCAUCAUCAAAUACAACACAACAAAUAAAAUGUAAUGAUUAUAAUAAUUUAGAAGAAUUUAUGCUUAAAUUAACUGGUUAUAUAAGUGAAACACAAUAUCAAUAUCCAACAAAUGAUAAUGAAUUUUCAACAUAUUGUAAAAAUGUUAAAUCCGGUUCCAAAUCUACUAAAGAAUAUUCACAACAAUGUUUACAACAAAAUCCAUCCGGUAAAUCCAUAUUAAUGAUAAUGUCAUAUUCAUUUAUACAAUCAAUAAAAAAAUAUUGUUCACGUCGUGUACCGAAAAUUCGUAAUGAAUUAAUCGAAAUUGCUAAAUGUGUUAAUCCUAAUCGUAAACAUUUAGCUAAAUGUUGGCAAAUUUAUCUGAAUCGAAUGAAUUUAAUAUUUAAUGUUGAACCAAAUAAUAAUAAAUUUCCAUAUCUUUGUUGCAUAACUGAUUUAUUUUCCACAUGUAUGGCUGAAAAAUUACGUAAUUAUGGUAAUCCAAUUUGUACUGAAAAAAUAAUCAAUCAAUUUCAACAAUUUUAUGGUAGUACAAUGGGAAAUGUAAUGAAUUUUGCAUGUGAAAAUUUUGAAGAUCAACAAGAUCGUUGUGAAAAAAUGAUUGAAAAACAACAAGAAAAAUUAACAACUGGUUCAAUUAAACCGGUUAAUUGGCGUACACCAUUUCCAAUUCUUAUUGAAUUUUUUCAAACAUUAUAAUAUCGUUUUUCGCUCACUCUUUUCUCUCAGUGAAUGAUGCAAUCAUUUAAAAAAAACAAACAAACAAACAAUUUAUGCUUGAAAAAAAAGAAAAAUCAUAAUAAUAAACAAUAACAAAU